CCGCUAUUGGCGCGCGCACCCGCCCCUCCAACGCCUCUCCUCAUCCAUCUCACCGGCUAUUCUUCCCUUUCUCGUCCUCUCCCCUAUUCUCUCUCUCUCUCUCUGUCUCUCACUUGGGCCGUUUUGUCUCACCAAAGCGAACGAAAGGACGGUGUCUGCCUGAGCACAUUUGCUGUCCCGCAACCUCCAUGCUCGUCUUCUGGACGAAAAUCCGACCGUCAUUCCUGGAAACAGAGGACUUCAAGAAUGUCAGAGAAGGGUUCCACAUCUGAUAUGAAGAAUGCCAUGGAGGGAGAUGGCAAAAGAACAAGAGAUCAGGAUCAUGACUCAAAGAUGUCUGAUGAGCACCGAGACACAGAUGACUCAUCUGAGAAAACAUCCAGCAGGAUGUCUAGAUCCCCACAGAAAUCCUCCAAAAAACCAAAGACAGUGCCUGUGAAAGUCUCGCUGUUGGAUGGAUCUGAAUAUGAAACUGGAGUGGAGAAAUCAUGUAAAGGUCAAGUCUUGCUGGAUAUGGUGUGUGAUCAUCUGAAUCUGUUGGAGAAGGACUACUUUGGCCUGACCUUCUGUGAUGCUGACAGUCAAAAGAACUGGCUGGACCCAUCAAAAGAGAUCAAAAAACAAAUUCGGGUAGGCUCCUGGCAGUUUUCAUUUGCUGUCAAGUUCUAUCCUCCUGACCCCUCACAGCUGAUAGAAGACAUCACUCGGUAUUACCUGUGUCUUCAGUUAAGAGAGGACAUGCUGUCGGGCCGCUUGCCAUGUUCAUUUGUCACACACGCUUUGCUAGGCUCAUAUGCCGUGCAGGCUGAACUGGGAGAUUAUGACCCAGAUGAGCAUGGACUUGACUACAUCAGCAACUUCCACUUUGCUCCCAACCAGACACGCGAGCUGGAAGAGAGAGUUAUGGAGCUCCACCGCACCUACAGGGGCAUGAGUCCUGCGGAAGCUGAGGUGAACUUUCUGGAGAAUGCUAAAAAGCUGUCAAUGUACGGAGUCGAUCUUCAUCAUGCAAAGGACUCUGAGGGCAUUGACAUAAUGUUAGGUGUGUGUUCAAGUGGCCUGUUGAUCUACAGAGACCGUUUGCGCAUUAACCGUUUUGCUUGGCCCAAGAUUCUGAAAAUCUCCUAUAAGAGAAGCAACUUUUACAUCAAAAUCCGCCCUGGAGAGGUAGAGAAAAAGUAUGAACAGUUUGAGAGCACCAUUGGCUUUAAGCUGCCCAACCAUCGAGCUUCCAAACGCUUGUGGAAGGUCUGCAUUGAACACCACACCUUUUUCAGGUUGGUCUCUCCUGAACCCCCACCCAAAGGUUUUUUGGUGAUUGGCUCGAAGUUCCGCUACAGUGGUCGGACCCAGGCCCAGACACGCCAGGCGAGUGCAUUAAUUGACAGGCCAGCCCCUCAGUUUGAGCGAUCGGCUAGUCGGAGGUACUUACUCUCACGCAGUCUCGAAGGAGCAUCUGCUCUGGGUGACACGAUGGACAGACUCUCCCAGCACACCUGCAGUGACCCUGCACAUAGCCUCUCCAGAGACGAUCUGGACCGGGACUUCAUGGAGCCUAGUCCAGAGCAGGAAAUGGACCAGCAGCAGAAGCAAACCCUAGAUAAGAGAUCAGAGAGAGAUGCUACUCCAUCAAAGGCCAUGGGGGAGGAGCCAGGCUCUCCUCUAGACUCUAAAGCUGAGUCGGACCAGGACUUGGCCCCUCGCCCUAAACAGGAGCAGUUCCUGGAUAAACCUGAAGAUGUACUGCAAAAACAUCAGGCAAGUAUCAACGAAUUGAAGAGAGCGCUGAGGGAGCCCAACAGCAAGUUAGUCCACAGAGAGAAACGUCUGUCCGUGACCUCUUCUGGCAGCACUCCAGAGAAAAAAACUGCAUCUGAGGAACCCAUAUUUAUUGAGGAGCAAGACGGUUGUCAAACAGACUCAACCCUCGGUUCAAAAGAGGAAAAGAACAAGAAGUCUGAUAGAAUAGAGUCACCACUCCUUCAGAAUGAAGUAGAUCAAGCAAUUAGUGGGAAAAUCUGUAUGGCUCGUGGCGGCCCAAUAGGAAGUCAUUCCAGAAAAUCAAAUAUGAACUCCAUGCCAUCCCCAGAGAAGCCUCAAAGAACCAAGAUUUAUGCAUUAAAGAAUGAACAUAUCCAUGAAACCCAUUCUACUGGCAAGAACUUAAAUGACAAUGGACUUCCACAUGAGAAUCAUUUGGAGAAUAAUAUUCAUGCAAAUGGCUAUGACGAAUAUCCAGCAGAGACUACUUGGACUGAAAGAAGAUUUGUUGGCACAACUCAUGUAGAAGAUUUUUGGAACUAUGAAGAGAAACACCAGGGUGAGGUUUCCCCCAAUGCAGUAAUAGACAAACAUAUGAGAGAUCAAUAUAAUGGAAGCAGAUGGGAGAGACAAUCUGUGGAAAGUUCAGACAAAAAAAUUAAAAGCAAAACAACGGAACGCAAAGCAGUUCUAAGGAGUGAUUCGGUUAAGAGUAAUACUGCAGAACCAGAAGCAAAACGAGUUGUUCCCCUGAAACCUGAGAGGUCCAAAAAACUAAAAGGACAUGGAUCCAAAGAUCAAAGUGAAAGAGAUGCACUUUAUUCCAAUUUAUUUGAUGAGACAAAAGGAACAAAGUCUGAAGAAUCAUCUGGAACUGAAAAACUACCAGCUUUUUGCACACGGGCAAGUGUGACUUCAGUCACGGACAGCACUGCAGCAGCUCCUAAAAGAGACUACACAGCUAAUGGCUAUGUUAGAGAAACCAGAAAAUGCAGCCAAACAUACAGGAAACAAUUUCAGGAUACAGAAGACAAUACUGAUCAGAGACUGAUCAGUGCCGAUGAUGACCAGGUUUGCUUUGAAGACACUUCACCACUGUCUGAUUUCCCAUCAAACUUAAUAUUUUCUGGCUUUGAGCAAAUGACCCCUUUGUAUUCUCAUGUAAAGCCCCAGAAGUCGAGAGAGAUGCGACAAAAACAGACAUCCCCUACUGACUCCAGCCACAGCCUCCUCAAGAGCUCCAGCUUAGAAUCAGCCCAAAAGAAACCAUCGGAACCCCUUCCCACCCCAGCAAUUCAUGCGGAACCUCAGGAGGAAGUCCAGAGAGAGCCAUGGGAACGACGUCUGGGAUCAGUGUCCGAGGAUGACCCAGACCCAGACAAUCUAUAUUUCAAGGAGACCCAUCUGGGCAUUGAACGUAAAUGCUCCAGCAUCACCGUUAGCUCCACGUCCAGUUUAGAGGCCGAGGUGGACUUCACUGUCCUCAUGGACCUUCAAACAGGGAUGGAAGAGUUCUCCAGAGGAAUGUCAGAAUUAGGAGAGAAGGACCUCUCACCUGAACUUUCAGACCGGGCAGCACAUCCAGCUUUCAUGCUAGGGUCUGAGCCUAUCAUCAUUCCACAAGAGAAACCCACAGAAAUAUUAAGGUCAAUGGAAGAACCGAAACCCAUCAUAGAUCAGAAGACUGUGGAGCAGCGUAAACCUGAGCCUUUUGUGCCAAAAAAAGCGCCAAGGUCAGUGAAGGCUGCUCAAGCUUUAAAAAAGGAAUCUGCAGAGCUCGUUCAGUCGUUCCAGUCAGUAAGGCAAGAUGGUUCAGACACAGCGUCUGUGCAGCUUCAUAGCAGAGAGAGCAGUGACAUCAUUGCCUCUCAAGCUCUAAGAAAAACAGAAGUCAAGAUUGAGACGCAACCAAAUGGGUCAGAGGUUACCACAACCAUUAUGGAGAUCGCAGACCAGGAUCAUGGUAUGAGUGGCCUGCGGGAAGCCCCAUUCUCAGUGACAGAGAGGAUCUCUCCUGUAAGCUUCGGAUCUUUAGCCAGAGAGGGUUCUGGGUCUCCUCUAUUUGUAACAGAGAAUGUGACUUCAGCCACAACACACGUUACCAAAACAGUAAAAGGAGGAUACUCAGAGACAAGGAUCGAGAAAAGGAUUAUCAUUACUGGAGAUGAUGAUGUUGACCAAGAUCAAGCACUCGCCAUGGCAAUAAAAGAAGCCAAGCAGCAGCAUCCUGACAUGUUGGUAACCAAGGCCAUAGUUGUCAGGGAAACAGAAUCUUCCAAACAAGAUGCACAUGAGCAAUUCAAGUCCUGAUCUCUUAGGCUAUCUGGACUAUUCACAGGAGAAGUACUGUAUUUUAAACCACCUACUGAUGGUGGAUCAUGGACACCCUCUAUCCAGCACCCAUCAAUCCUAACCCACAGGAUCCAGCACCUCCCCGGUGGCAAACAGAUAAACAUCCACCCUGUAACAGUUCAAAACUCACAUCUGUGUACCCAUCUGUCUGUUUUUUACAUUCAAUGUGGUCAUUUUCUCUAUCUGGUUCUCAAAUACAACAGGCACUAAAAGUGGCAUUGUGUAUGCCAUGCUGGACCAUUCAAGCAUUUGAAACUAACCAUUUCUCUGGAUCUAUUGGAUAGGCAAUAGGGAAGGUAACAUAUGAGAUUAUUUUGCAAACAUCAGACUAGAGGAAAACACAUGUGUCUGUACCUUGAUCAGCUAAAGAAAUGCUGUUGAAUUCGAACUCUCAGACCAUUUGCGUGUAUGGAGAUGGAUGGCCACAUGAAAGAAACAAGUUAACAUAUCAAAAAGAUGGGCACCAUCGGACCAACUACAGCGGAUCAGCGCACUCAUCAAAUAGGCACAUAUGGUGUUGACAGGGCAUGGACAGAUUGCUGGACACAAGGACAAAAAUCUGUGCCAAUUAUUGAAGGAAGACGCUUCUGAGAAGCAGUGGCUUUCUGAGAGGAGAAAAGAGAGAAGAAGAAAGCUCUGAAACAGGAUGACAAAUACUCAACAUAAAGUGAAGAUUACCAUUGUCAUUGUUGUGAAGAUAAGUACUCUAUAAACAUCUCUAUAGGGCCUUGUUCCUAGAAGGUAUGAUGUUGUACUUAAUGUAUAUUUGGCCCUGGAUACCCCUUUAUGAAUCCUGUAUGAUUCAUGUUCAGAUUACAAAAUGAAAACAAAUUCCUUUAUAUGAGGUGCUAUGGUGAACCCAUUCCCUGUUAAAAACAAGCUAAUACCCAUUUCACAAGAAAUUCCCUUAAUAUACAUUAGCAAGAAAAAUCUGUCUCUUCUUUCUGAUUGGGCUUUAAUCAAACAGGUAAUUAUGUAAUAUGAACAUGUUUAUAUGAAUGGUUUUGCACAAGAAUUAAAAAGCCAAUGAUAAUAUUUUGUUUUAUAUAGGUAUUUUAAACAGAGAUAAAAUGUCAAGCCCUAGAUAUAUUGAUCCUGAUGCUAGCAAAGCAGAAUAAAGUGUGUUGAAUAAUUGUGUCAUGUGCAUGUCAAACUGCCCGAUUAUUAGUUCCACUAGUUUUUAGAAAAAGUAAAAAAUGAAAGAUUCUAUUAUUUCGCUUUUCAAAUACCUCCACUCUCAUUUUUCUGUCUUUUUAUUUAUUUUUUUGCCCGUGCUAAUGUCCCAUAAAGAGAUGUCUUUACAGUUUCACAGUGUUUCAAUAUAAUGAUUGCUUACUCUGUGGUAGAUGUCAUGAGCGUUUUAUUUCUAUUUGCAGUGGACUGUUUGUGCAGUGAUUCUCCUAAAAAAAAAAAAAAAAAAAAUUCUUCCCUCUGUAACAAUAGUGCUGGAACAGCCUAAGGAAUGAAUGCAGAUUUAUCUGUCGUAGUGUUUUAUAAGCGAAUGGGCCUUAAAUGGUACAUGCAUUACUGUGCUUUAAAAAUGAUACUUGGGGAUACUGUGUAAGGAUGAAGGAUCUCUUGCUCUGAUUUUCAUUAGAAAGCUGAAAGUGACUUGUAGAGGAUUGUGUUAUGGACCUUUAACAAAGAAAUGUACCAUGUGAAUGUUUCAUAUAGGCACACCUUUCUCCACUUGAAAAUGUCAUGGGUAGAAUUAGAGCAUUAAGGCAUUUAAGCAGUACAUUUACAGACCUAACGUGGAGUGGUUUUCCAGACAAGGAUGAAAAUAAAUUUCAUGAUUCUAGAGGAAUAAAAAUAUGGAUUUCAUGCUCUUUACCUUCUUAGCUUUAGAUCCGUGAUGUUGCUUAUCCUUCAUUAGAUUCGAAGUUAGAAAACUGUAAUUACAACUAAUAGAAAUACUAAUAAAAAAAAAUCAGCUUGUUUUUAAACAUAGUUAUUUCUGAUUUCUGCUUUAUCUGGCCACAUAGAUUGUAUUCAACAUUCAUUAGUAAUAUAGUGAACAUUAAUAGAGUUACAGCUAAUCAAAAUACAAUAAUCAUCCUUGAAAUUUAAUUUUUGGCUUUAAUUUUAGUUUUACAAUAGCGUUAGUCUGGAUAUUGUAGCCUGCACAGAACUGUAGUUCAUAAAUAAAACAUUCAGCAAUCCGGAUGUAUUGUGCCAUUUAGCCCAAAAAGUCAUGGCUGGAAAACCGCCCCUGAUUUUCUUUACAAGAGUACAUAAGUGCCAUGGAAAGCUGCUAACUUCAUUCCCAAGCCAUUCAUCCACUUCUUAACACAGAGCUUAUGAAUGAUUUAGCAGUGUGCUAAUGCUAUCUUAACUAUCCUGCUUGUUAGUUUACAGUAGUUUCCCUCAUUUCCUGUACCGAUAAAGGAUUAUAGAAAACAAAGUGCAUUGGGUUGGUAAGGAGAUCGUGACAUCUAUUGAGCAGAUGUUGCUUCCAUUGCAGUUCAGGGUUCAUAACCUCACUCUACCUUUUGUAAUAAUUUUUAAUCAUGUGCCAUGGAGGUCUUGUGCUAAAGGACAGAGAACUUCAGUGAUGAACACAGCUCUGCAUCUCUGCAUAUGAUCUUCUACUCUUUUUGCAUUUACACUUUCACUUGUACUCUGUAAUUCCUACUGCUUGGUUUCCUGUGUUUGCUGUACAGUGGUCUACAUGAAAUAAACUGGCCGAUUAAU